UGCGCACUGAAGUAGUGCCUGGUGGCUGUGGCAGGUCCGCCGGCUAGUGUGGGGAGGGACAUUGUAGUGUGGCGCUCAUUGCAACCCCUGCGACUCGGCACCAUGAGCAGCACCUUAGCCAAGAUUGCGGAGAUCGAAGCCGAGAUGGCUCGGACUCAGAAGAACAAGGCUACGGCACACCACUUAGGGCUGCUUAAGGCCCGCCUUGCUAAGCUUCGCAGAGAACUCAUUACUCCAAAAGGUGGUGGUGGUGGUGGGCCAGGAGAAGGUUUUGACGUGGCCAAGACAGGUGAUGCUCGAAUUGGAUUUGUGGGUUUUCCAUCUGUGGGGAAGUCAACACUGCUCAGUAACCUGGCAGGGGUAUAUUCUGAGGUGGCAGCCUAUGAGUUCACUACUCUGACCACUGUGCCUGGUGUCAUCAGAUACAAAGGCGCCAAGAUUCAGCUUUUGGAUCUCCCAGGUAUCAUUGAGGGUGCCAAGGAUGGGAAGGGUAGAGGCCGUCAAGUUAUUGCAGUGGCCCGAACGUGUAACUUGAUCCUGAUUGUUCUGGAUGUCCUGAAACCCUUGGGACAUAAGAAGAUAAUUGAAAACGAAUUGGAAGGCUUUGGCAUUCGCUUGAACAGCAAACCUCCCAACAUUGGCUUUAAGAAGAAGGAUAAGGGUGGUAUUAACCUCACAGCCACUUGCCCUCAGAGUGAGUUGGAUGCGGAAACUGUGAAGAGCAUUCUGGCUGAAUACAAAAUCCAUAAUGCUGAUGUGACUCUGCGUAGUGAUGCCACAGCGGACGACCUUAUUGAUGUGGUGGAAGGAAACAGAGUUUAUAUCCCCUGUAUCUAUGUGUUAAAUAAGAUUGAUCAGAUCUCCAUUGAAGAAUUAGAUAUCAUAUAUAAGGUACCUCACUGUGUACCCAUUUCUGCCCAUCACCGCUGGAAUUUUGAUGACCUAUUGGAAAAGAUCUGGGACUAUCUGAAACUUGUGAGGAUUUACACCAAACCUAAAGGCCAGUUGCCAGAUUACACAUCCCCAGUGGUGCUGCCUUACUCCAGGACCACAGUGGAGGAUUUCUGCAUGAAGAUUCACAAAAAUCUUAUUAAAGAAUUUAAAUACGCUCUGGUCUGGGGUCUCUCUGUGAAACACAAUCCUCAAAAAGUGGGUAAAGAUCAUACAUUGGAGGAUGAGGACGUCAUUCAGAUUGUGAAGAAGUGAAACCUUCCCCCUUCCCGAUCUACUGGGCCAACCACUGCAGCUUUCCCAUGACCAAGCAAUCCCCUUCUGGCUUUGGCAGCCACUGGAUCAGGAUUCAGGGGAGGGAGGUGGAGGUACCCAUACUGAAACUUCAUUUGUCUUUACUGGGCAUCACCUUGUAUGCUGAACUGCAUAAAGGACCUGGUAGGCCAGCUGGCUAUGUGCAGUUCAUGUGUCAUUGUCAGAAUUUCUUUUGGGAUGGACUAAAUGACAAUGGGUAUGUACAGUGAGGCACCUGCAGAAGGGGUACUUGGGAGCUUUGUCUUGAGUAUGAACUGGCUAAAAAUGUGAUUGCAACAUCUUAGCUGAUAUUUAGUCAUGGGAAACCCUUCUAACUGUAUAUGGCCCUCAGUCCUUUUGAAUGGUCUUUCCCAGAUGAUGCUGAAGAGGAGGACCUGAAGGGCUGGAUGUAAGUAAACUGUUUCUUGCAAGGCUACCCCAUUUGGGAGAUGAUGUAGUGUGGUGAUUGAGUAAAGUACUCUGAGCAGGCA